UAGCAGCGGGUGCAGGACCGGGGCAGCGCAUCCUCCGCCGCCGCGCAGCGCCGCGCCCGGAGCCCGCGGGGAGCGAGGGCACCGUCCCCUGUGCUCCGGCGGGGCGCGCGUGUGUCCGUGCGUGUGUCUGUGCGUGUGCCCGCCCGCCGGGGCUGUGCGGGGGUGUGUGCGGUGUCCCUGCCCGCCCGCGGGCGCGCCGGGAGCGCCGCCGCCGCCGCUGCCCUUUGAUCCCGGCGUUAGUGUUAGUUAGGGGCCGGGAGGAGCGCGAGGCGCAGCCCUCGGCACCGCCGCGCCAGCCCUCGCCCCGGCACGGCGCCCGGCGCCCGCCCGCCCGCCGGGAACACAUCCCCGGCCGCUGAGGGAUACUGCGACCGGGGACAAGCCAGGUGCACGACCGGGUUGCGGGGGGGUGGGGGGGUGGGGGGUGGGGGGGAGAGGAAAAGAAAGAGACAGGGGGAGAGCGAGCCCUUCGCGGUGGCUCCGAGAAAACCGGCUUCAAGCCCCCUUUCCCCCGGCGAAGAGGGAAAACCCGCCCCGGUUAGCAGCUCCCCCGGGGGCCCCGGCUUUGUGCCUGUCCGUGCCCCCCCCUCCCGGUCUUAUUUGAUCUCCCGUUAAACCAAGGAGGAGAAUGUGAAAAAAGGGGGAAAAUGCCCAGGAGGAAGCAGGAGCAGCCCAAGCGCCUCUCUUCACAUGGUACCCGACAGGAAGAAGUGGAAGGUGAGCUCAGUGAAGAAGAACGCUGGUUUGGGAAUUCUUCAGAAACUCCUUCAGAAGCAUCAUAUGGAGAAGUCCAGGAGAACUUUAAGUUGUCUCUUGAGGACAGAAUCCAAGAGCAGUCCACCUCCCCCGACACCUCUUUGGGAAGUGCAACGCCGAGCAGCAACACAGCGGAGCUGGGAUCCAUUGAAAAUGAGGCACUGAGAGACACACUGCAGAGCAAGGAGCACCUUUCUCCAGAUGUGUCCUCUCUGGGUGAAGAGGAACCUCCUGGUCCAAACAAGCCCCUGAGCAGUAACCUAAGGCGGCUCCUGGAGGCUGGCUCCCUCAAGCUGGAUGCUGCUGUUCCGGUCAAUGGCAGGGUUGAGUCCCCCGUAAAUCUUGGCUCAAAUAUCUCUUUUUCUCCACCUGCUCACCAUGCCCAGCAGCUAAGUGUGCUUGCCAGAAAGCUUGCUGAGAAACAGGAACAAAGUGACCAAUACAAUGCAGGCAGUCACUUUAUAUGGAAUCAAGGUAAGUGGUUGCCAAACUCAAGCACCACCUGUGGUUUGUCCCCUGAUUCAGCUAUCCUGAAGCUGAAAGCUGCAGCCAAUGCCGUUCUGCAGGACAAAUCUUUUUCCAGGACUGAGGACAGGAUAAGCUUCGAAUCCUUUUCCUCACCUUUUAGCUCUCAGUCAGCCAGCUCCACGUUAGCAGCUUUGUCUAAGAAAGUGAGUGAAAGAAGCAUGACUCCUGGGCAGGAGCACCCACCUCCAGCCAGCUCUUUCCUUUCCCUGGCUUCCAUGACCUCUUCAGCUGCCCUCCUCAAGGAGGUUGCUGCAAGGGCUGCAGGCACCCUCCUGGCGGAGAAGAAGAAAUCACUGGUUCCUGAGGAUCCCCUGCAGCUUUCAGAGAUGAAACAAGAGAAAGCAACUCCACCACAGUCUUUGGAAUUACUGCUACUACCAGUCCCAAAAGGAAGAGCAUCCAAACCCACUAGUACAGCCUCAGAAGAAGAAGGGGGAAAACCUUUCCAGUGUCCCAUCUGUGGUUUGGUGAUCAAGAGGAAGAGUUACUGGAAACGGCACAUGGUGAUUCACACAGGUUUGAAGAGCCAUCAGUGCCCGCUCUGUCCUUUCCGCUGUGCACGCAAGGACAAUCUCAAAUCACACAUGAAGGUUCAUCAGCACCAAGACAGGGGUGAGACCUUCCAAUGCCAGCUAUGCCCUUUUACCUCCUCCCGCCACUUCAGCCUGAAACUCCACAUGCGCUGCCAUCAACAUUUCCUCAGGACAGAGUCUAAAGUGAAGGAGGAAAUGCCAGAAACUGAGGUGAAGGGGUCACCACAGCUAAACAGUGACUCCUGCCCAGGACCGCAGAGGGAAGGAGCAGGGCCUGACCUCACAGGAUCAGCGUCUGUAUCCAAAACACCCGAUGUUGCUGGGCAGCCUGGUGGGGGGGUUCCACCUUUGCUGGUGAAAGAAGAGCCCAAAGACGACACUGGCGCCUCAGCUGCGCCUUUUGCGCUUAGCACUGUCGACAGAGCCCCAAACAACACAAAGCUGAAAGACUCCUCUGACUUCGUGGCUAAUACAGCAUCAGCACUAUUCAGCCAAGACAUCUCUGUCAAGAUGGCAUCAGAUUUUCUUAUGAAGCUGUCAGCUGCAAAUCAAAAAGAGCCCUUGACUCCUAAUUUUAAAGUGAAAGAGGAGCCUAAGGAUGAAGAAGCUGGAAGUUCAGCCGUGUCUCAGCCCAGCUAUGUGUUCAGCCAAGAACCUGAAGCCUCAGCUGCAAACAUCCCAGAAGAGAAACUCAAGCCACAAGAAGCACAGGCCAAUGUGAUGAGGCAGGACAUGUCAGUCAAGGCAGCAUCUGAGCUCCUCAUGAAGCUCUCAGCCGAGAGUUUCAAGGAAGCCCAGGCAGUGAAGAUAAAGGAGGAGCCGAUGGAAGUUGACAUCCACGAGUCGCAGGCUUCGGUGUCACCCAGCCACCCCAGCCCAAACGUCGGCUACAGCACUUUACUGGGGCGGGACAUCAGCGAGCGCAUCCCCAAGGCACCCGAAGGCCGUGUGCUCCCAGAGAGGAAUCUCUUCAGCCAGGACAUAUCAGUGAAGAUGGCAUCUGAGCUGCUCUUCCAGCUAUCAGAAAAGGUGAGCAAAGAGCACAACCACAAUAAAGAUAACACCAUCAGAACUACAGCCAGCCCUUUCUUUUCUGAAGACACAUUUAGACAAUCACCAUUCACUUCCAACUCAAAAGAUCUCCUGCCCAGCGAAACUACUCUUCAUGGAAGGACAUCUGCACCAGAAGCAGAAAAGCUGGGACUGGAGGUGGGAAAUGGAUUGCCAUCUUGGAAAUUUAACGAUCAGCUAUUUCCUUGUGAUGUGUGUGGAAAAGUGUUUGGUCGCCAGCAGACUCUGUCCCGGCAUCUCUCACUGCACACAGAAGAGAGAAAAUACAAAUGCCACUUGUGCCCCUAUGCUGCUAAGUGCCGUGCUAACCUGAACCAGCACCUGACUGUGCACUCGGUGAAGCUGGUGAGCACCGACACCGAGGACAUCGUCAGCGCCGUCACAGCCGAGGGCAGCGAUGGAAAGAAGCACCCUUACUACUACAGCUGCCAUGUGUGUGGGUUUGAAACAGAGAUGAAUGUCCAGUUUGUCAGUCAUAUGUCCCUCCACGUGGAUAAGGAGCAGUGGAUGUUCUCCAUUUGCUGCACGGCGUGUGAUUUUGUCACUAUGGAAGAGGCAGAUAUGAAGGCUCAUGUCAACAACAAGCACACAGCUGAAGAGAGGAAGACACCCAGUGAAUCUAACAGUCCAUCUUCAUCUUCGCUGUCAGCACUAAGUGACUCUGCCAACAGCAAAGAAGAUGCAGAUAUAACCCCAAAAAGCAAGGGGUCAAACAACCUGCUCGUCAUUUCUGUAGUGCCUGGUACUCAGACCUCAGUGAACACUGAAGAGAAGUCAGAGAAAGGCUUUGAAUGUGUUUUCUGUAACUUUGUCUGCAAAACAAAAAAUAUGUUUGAGCGUCACCUGCAAAUCCACCUGAUCACACGGAUGUUCGAGUGUGACGUGUGCCACAAGUUCAUGAAGACACCUGAGCAAUUACUGGAGCACAAGAAAUGCCACACUGUCCCCACCGGUGGGCUCAAGUGCCCAUUCUGCAUCUACUCCACGAACCGCCCUGCAGCCAUGGAGUGCCACCUGAAGACUCACUACAAGAUGGAGUACAAGUGUCGGAUCUGCCAGACAGUGAAAGCCAACCAGCUGGAGCUAGAGAUGCACAUCCGAGAGCACCGCCUUGGCAACCAUUACAAGUGUGACCAGUGUGGCUACCUGUCCAAGACGGCCAACAAGCUGAUCGAGCACGUGCGCGUCCACACCGGCGAGCGCCCUUUUCACUGUGACCAGUGCAGCUACAGCUGCAAACGCAAAGACAAUCUCAACUUGCACAAGAAACUGAAGCACGCUCCCCGCCAGACCUUCAGCUGCGACGAGUGCCUGUUCAAGACUACCCACCCUUUUGUCUUCAGCCGCCAUGUGAAGAAGCACCAGAAUGGGGACUGCUCUGAAGAGGAGAAGAAGGGCCAGUACUCAACCUCCAAGGAAGCCAGUCCGCUGCUCCCAGUGAACAGCUCCAGGAACCUUCUGUCACCCCUCUCAGUUAUGUCUGCCUCCCAGGCUCUGCAGACAGUAGCUAUGUCAGCUGCGCAUGGCAGCAGGGCAGAGCCCAGCUUGGCGGUGAAAGCCUUGGCCAUCAACGGCACUUCCCUGUGCUUUGAUAAGUACUGGAACUCAGAGUUUGCCCACCUUAUUCCUUUAACAAUGUUUUUCCCCAAAAACCACUACGAUCUCACAUUCCAUCCACCCAGACCUCAGACUGCACCGGGAGGUGCCUCUUCACCUAAACACUCCUUCCUUGCCUACCUUGGACUAACAGAAAGGGCAGAAACUGUCUGAGGGCAGUUGCAUUCUGUACCAAAAAUCCCCCAACAAACCCAGCAGGUUAUACAUUGCUGCAAAACGUAGCCCCAAGAGGUAACGAACACUUGUACUAUAUCAUUAGUAAGGUUUAGCAAAUGGCUCUGUGUGUAUACUUAUUGCAUUGAAAUGAAAGCUGCUUUAUUAAAUCUCCAAGAGGUGACCUACUGCAUACUUCUACCUUCAGAGGCAUGUUCCCAGUACUCUUAUCUAAGAAACUAUUUUGUCUUGUUAAGCUGAAAAAAAAAAAAAAAGAGUGUCCUUAUUGGCAAUCAGCACUUGUAAGAUGACAUAUUGAUGCAUUUUAUUUUUGGGCUUUGUGUGCGUGCGGGUGUGUGGAAGAGAGGCUGCCUGUAGUGUGCCAUGACAUUGCUUUUGCACAUCCCUUAGACUGGCUUAUUUAAUCAUCCUUCUUUUUCCCUUUUCACACACUCGCUCCCUGCCUUCCCCCUGCCUCCCCCUGAACUGUGGAGCUGUAGGAGCAAUGUUUGGGGUGGGGCAAGGGGAGAACUGGUGUAUUAUUUCAAUGCUGUUUGCAGCUUCCUUUAGUUGUUUGAUGCCUUGUAUUCAGUUGUCAGGGUUUGAGGAUUUGGGGUAGAACUGAUGAGGAAAAAAAGUUGUUUUCAGUACUGCAGGAUGAGAGCAAUGAAGAGUGUGUAUGUCCACACACACACAUGCAGUGUGUACAACCACACAGCAGGUCCAAUUCUCAGCUCUCACACAGGUGUGACAAACACCUGCCUCUGGGCCACAGUGUACAUCUUUUGUUUUAAAAGGGCAUAUAAAUAUUAUAUAUAUACUGUAUCAUGCAGUGGUUACCUUUUAGUUUGCAGGAACAACUUGUAUAACUAGAAUUCUAUGGUGGAAAAAAAAUCCAACAAGGGGAUUUAAAAAAGCAUAUGGUAAAUUCUGGGUAUAAAUACUCAGACUAAAAAAAAAGGCAGUUUUGCACAGUGCUUUAGUCUUGCACUAGUUUGUUUCUCACUUGCAAAAAAAAAAAAAAAAAAAAGAAAAAAAAAGAAAAAAAAAUUGUGGGCUGAAGUUAAUAAGACUGUUUAUUUGAAAAGGUACCAGUAACUUCUUUGAAAUAUAAAGCUAUAAAAAGAUGCUUUUGGAACCAUAAAGUUCUCUUUUAUACCCUCACUAUUUCAAUUGUACUUGCAAAUUUGACGGUCCUCUCGCUCCCCUCCAUGUCAUCAGUAAUACUUUAUUCCUUUCUGUUGAUGGCAGAUAGUGUGUCCUGCUAGGAAGUUAACUUUGUACUUAUUUAAUGCUCCUACUUGUGGUCAUUAAAAUGACAUAUUAUAUGUAGCACUUUAUUGCAGGAAGAAGCAAAUGCAGAUUGGUUGUAUAACCUUUAAUCUCAAAAUGCCAAGAGUGAUAUUAAUGCAAGAGAAGCUAACUGACUGUUAAUUGAUUUCUGUUCCUUAGACAAUUUAAUAUGUGGGAAGAAAGAUUGGGAUUAAAAGCACUCUGUUUUACAAUUGGAAGUAUAAAAUGUGAAGCAGUUCAAAAUGAUGACGUGACGUACAGGAAUGCCUUCAUACUGAAUUAUUGUUUUCCAUGGUGUCUCUUGGAUUUGGAUCUGGCUGUCUUUUCCCAGCCAUUAGAAGUGUCUGACCUAGCUUUUGCCACAGUCCCUUCUCUGUCCCUUGGCUAAGCCACUGUAGGAGGUGCCCUGAGUCACAUCUUUCAUGCUGACUACCCACCCUUGUGCUGUCCUGAAGGAACUUCCUGUGCAGGUUGUUGUGGGAUGGGAGGAUCCAACCACCCCUUGUUUGUGACAGCAGGAGCAACGACCCGGUUCAGGAAAGCAUUUCUUGUUCACAAGGGCUCUUAGCCAUAUGGACAAGUAAAAAUGUAACUCAGUCUCCAUUAGUUCUUAAAUGAAGCUUGUGUACAAAGACUUUCUGGAUGCAAAACUUGCAUCACUUUAACCUAUUUGCAAGAUUCCUACAUUUAUUUUGUACUGAGGUGGCCAAACAUUCUCAGUUUUGUACCGAGAUGGCCAAGCGGUCAUGACCAAAUUCUUCCUGUUUGUGGAGGACAUCCUAAUCUGCACACUCCUGUUAUCAUACUGGAAGCUAGUUACAAGGGGGAAAUAUCCAAAAUCAUAGCAGGCUAUUAUUUGGCAUUAUUAAUUACAGGAAAGAGAAGUCUCACCAUUUGUUUACAUUCCAGCAGACAGUUUUGGUUCUAAUGAGCUCUUGGCGGUUCUGCCUAUGCAGCAAAGAAGACCCAUCAGCUCCAAACUGCAUGUGAACCUUUGUAAACAACUUACCUAACUCAGGCCCCUGCUCACCAGGCUUUACUCCAUCAGAGCUCCUGCUCACACCUCCCUGGGAGAACAGACAAAAUAGAAAAUACUGUGUUGUUAAGUACCCAGAGCAUAAAAUAGUUACUAUCUUGACAGCAUGAAAUCUGCAAUCUGUAUCCAGCAGCUCUGCCAGUUCUGUAAAACAUACUCCACAUGGGCAUCUCUGACCACAGCACAGAAAACCAACCACUCCCAAAUCAAAAAGCUUGUUUUCCACACCAACUACAGGUAAAUACAUCUGUCCAGGAGGAAGAAGAAGGAGGAAUGUUGUAAUAGUAGGGCAGUGUAUCUAAACCAAAUGGCAGUUCAAAUGGGGCUGGAACUUCCAAGAAUGAGCUGCACACAUGUAACCACCAUGUGUUCUGAUCACGUUCCACUGCACCAGUAUCUGACCUGGCAAUGUUUAGUGUACCUGGGAAAUUUGUCUAGCACUUUGGAAAGGAUAAAUUCAUUCUUUCUGGCAAGUUAUAGAAGUUUUCUCUGUAAGGAAAAGUGUGUUAGGAGGUUUUUAUUUUUUUAAGGAAAAAAAAAAUACACUAUUUAUCAGAGCUUUUGCAUAUUAAAAUAAUUUGUUUGCAGUUCAAGACUAAAGACAGGAAUGAUCUCCAGAGGUUCCCCCUACUGAUUAAUGACCAACAGUUCUGAUAAAUUCCCUCCACCAUAAAGGUAAUUUCAUACUGGUUUUCACUAUGCAUUCUUUAACGAAAGCUGGCGUGUUUUUUUCCAUUCAGUAAUUCAGUUGAAGAAGUUCUCAGCACUUUUUUCUUUCUUCCAUUUUUUUUUUUUUUUUUUUUUUACUUGUUGUAUUAUGUUCAAAUAUCAUUCUGUCAAGGUUUGUGUACAUUAAUAAAAAUUUGUAUUGUAUAAAGCUUUUUGCAUUAUAAGGCUGUACAGGGUCAUUUUGACAGUAACUGGUAUAUUUCUUUGCAUCUUAUGUUGCAUUGCCAAUUUCUAGUGUAUCCAGUUUGGAAGUACAAUAUACUCUAAUUAAAAAGGUUGGCUAUA